GGGUACUUGCCGCCAUGGCAAACGCGUAUAUUAAGCGCCAGUCGGUUUCGUGCUGUAUAAGAACCAAAAUCCGUCAAUGUAUACCGCAAAAAUGGCUGUCAGAAUCUGGUACGGAACAGUUACAGUGAUCUUCUUAUGCACCUUCUCGGCUCAGUGGGGUGCCUGCGAUGUUCAGACGUGUGGAAGUGCUCUAUUAACUUCUUGUUUCCCUGCUGAUGGGGCAAAAUCGCCAAAAGUGAAGUUCCAGAUUAGUGGCGUCACAGUGGAAUCUCUCAAAGAGGACUGCACGAAUGCGGACGCAAUAUCUACUUGCGUAAAUGAUCUAAAGAUGGACGGCUGCCAAGACGAAGAAAGACGCCAGCUCCAACUGCUUAAAGACGGGCUUCGUACAACAAGAAACUCUUUAUGCCACGAAGAUCUCUACCAGAGCAUGGUCGACUGGAACCGCUGUCUCAACCAAACUUCUUUUCAUAUGUGCAUGGGUGAAUACAAUGAUGAACGCACAACACUUGAAGGAGAUGGUCGUCUUACCCGUGAUGAAAGAGAAUGCAGAUAUGGAGAAUAUGCGUGUUUUUUGAAGUCCGCCGAAGGCUGCCCAUCUACAAGUCUUGCCAGGGAGGCGGUGAAUGACCUUUACAACACCAAUCUUGACCUGAACAACUGCACCCGUUUUGACGGUUCGUUGGGAAAACAACGGUGCGAUGCCGAAAGAUAUUGGGAAUGUUUCAAGAGGGCCGAGGACCGUACCGAAUUUCCAAAGGCUAGAGAGGAAAAAGUGCUCGCUGAAGACUGCAAGGUUUUGGAGUCCGUCGAUUCUUGCACAAAAUACAUGGAGAAUGGAGGAUGCUCGGACGAACUAAAGCAAAAGCUCCAGUAUCUGAAAAGUGAUUUUGCUUCACUCCGUUCCCUCUUGUGCGACCCAAACCUUCAUACAAGUGUGCUUGAGUGGAAUCAAUGCCUGAAUGAAAGUGCCUUCCAAUCCUGCUUGGAGCUUCUGCCUCAAGACCCAUGCAGUACUGGCAAUUAUAAUUGCUUCCUGAAUGCGACAACAAGGUGUACUCGAGACAGUCCUGCGAUGAAAGCCGUGCACCACGCGAUCAACAUUCAUCUUGACUUGAAGAAUUGCAGCAGAAUCGACGGCAACGACGGGAACGGCGGCAUCACCACGAGUCCGAAGAUUGUGCUGACAUUGGCUGCCUUAUGCAUUUCGCUCUUUCCUUUAAGAAAAUAAAUGCUCCAGACGGAUUGCCUCCGGCCUA